AUGCACAGGUGGUCCAUUUCUACCUUCUUCCUCUUCGCGUUGAUCUCAGCGCCGGCCGUGCCUGCGCUGGACGUUGAUGCGGCGCUUGCGAGAGAACAAAAGAGACAAGUCAGUUUAUCAACAGGCGGAUCGUCUGCCGCUCCUACCACAUCGUCGGUCGUGGCAAGCCCAACGACGAGUGUAGUGAGUGAGGAGGCUGGCCAGUCAACAACAACACUGGUUCUGACCUCGAGCGUCACCUCCGAAGGCGUCCCAACACUCACAUCAGAAACUGUCACAGCUACAGCAAGUGUUGUACCCACCACAGCCGUUGUAGUGAUUACUAGCACACGCGCCACUACCAAUGCGCAGGGCUCGACCACACGCGUAGCGGAAACCGUGUCUAGCACUGCCACCACCUCGCUGACGUAUUCGUAUUCCUUUUUUACAACAAGUUCUGCAUCUCAGGUCGUUGAAACAUUCACAUCUGUACAGGGAGGAAGCACGGUAACGGGCACUAGAACUACCAGCACUCUGGUUCAGGUGGCAACAAGCACGCAAGUAUCGCCCACAGCUUUGGCAGGUUCAAACAACAGUGGCGGCGGCUCAGGAGGCCUCAGCUCGAAGUCGAAAGCGAUUAUUGGAGGUGUCGUCGGAGGCAUCGGUGGUGCUCUACUCAUUGGUGCUCUGGCUUAUACAGCCUGGAGAAUAUGGGGCAAGAAGAGAAAUCUGCACGACGAUGAUCUCUACGACCCUAAUGCCAAUGCCGAGAAGACGAGCAAUUCGACUGAGUCUCAAACACCCUUCCAGACCACUUUGAACCAAUACCACAACCCAGGGCCAGUCAACACGGCAUCCAAUUUCUAG